AUGGUCCGCCACGUCACUCUCUACCACGCUACCGAUCCCCUCCUCGGCCACCUCCCCGUCCUCAUCUUCCACGGUCCUUCGACCACGGCAAACUAUACCCUGAACAGCUCCAGAGUUCAGGUCCACGUCUACAGCCCUGCCGGCUUCCAGUCCUAUCCCCGUAUCACGAUAUCCCCCAACUCGCCCUUUUACGGAGUUGUCAAUCACCUACCGCGCGAAUGGCAGGGUGACGAAAUCUAUCGAGGGCUGGCCUUUGGUCUGUUCAAAUACUUUACGGAGCUGCCCGAACUGGUGAAGAAUUACCUGCGAAACCAGUACCCUACGACACGGGCGAGGAGGCCAGGCUCGGCUCCCGCCCUGUUUGGUGAGCAGCAUGCUGCUGACCUUGCGAGCUCCAUGCUCAAGUCCGAGGUCACCACCGAGGUCGUCAAUCAACUGCACGAUGCCCUCCAAACCCAGCAUAUCAGCAAUGUCGAUAUCGACUUUGUCCUCCCUCCCGGCUCCAUAGUUCCCCUCCAACCCGAAGAUUACUCCGAUGUUCCCGAGGACGAAGACGAUAUUAUGGACCCAACCCUUCGGCAAUAUGGAGGAUAUACGCCCUUGAUCCGGCUCUUUGGCGAGCCAAUCUUCCUCCCGACGGCUAGGCUGCGGCGCGCGCCUUCGAAGCCUACCUCUCUCAAUCGCAGCAAACCAAAGGCAGAGCUCCGGAUGAAGCUCGGCGAACUUCUCGACACCGAGGAGCGAUAUGUCAUGAAGCUCAAUGAGUUGGUAAGGCACAUUGCCGACGACUUUCGGCAGCUCGCCAAGCAACAGGCUCAAGGGAGCUUGAGCCCGUCCGAGGAGGAAGUGGGACGGCUCUUUCCUACUUCUGCCGACCGCAUUCUGCAGAUGAACUCGGCCUUUCAUAUCGAAUUGCGUAGAAUCAUGGAAGAGUCCGAGGAAGAGGCGGUGAAGGACAUCGAAACGCCCACGGUCGCUCUGGCAGGCUCGAAGCUGGGUGGGUCGGUCCGCGUCAAAGACCCCAGCGGUGCGCUUUCCGUCGCAAGGCUGUGCCUUGAGUGGUUCCCGAAAUUCACCGACAGCUACCAGGACUAUAUCAAGGCUAGCCAGCACUUCCCGACUCUGCUGAAUGGCUUCCUUUCGAAACAGUCAUCCUUUAGGCAGAGGGUGAACCAGGCCGGAGAGCAAGCCAUUCGCUCAGUCCUCAUAGAACCCGUGCAGAGACUGCCCCGUUACAGCUUGCUCAUUGACCAGAUAGUAUCGUCACUUCCCAUCACGCAUCCCGCACUGCAGCCCAUGCUGAAGGCGCGGGACAUCAUUGCCAACAUUUGCUCAAUGGACGACCCCCUCCCCGAUAAGCCCCAGACGACCACGCGAAUGCGUAACAUGGUCGAGUCAUGGCCCCUGGAUCUCGAACCGCAGGGACGUUUGAUCCUCGCCGUCGACUUUAUCGAGGUCCUCCCACCGUACCAAAUCCCGAAGCCCGACGACACCGAAAACGCCGGAAUGUUCCUCCUCUUCUCGGACUGCAUUGUCAUUUUGAAGAAAAAGGUUAUGGGGCUGACUGGCCGAGACCUCCUACGCGAGCUCGACAAGCCUUCCGCGGCAGGUCUCAUGAUGUCGAUGACCAACGCCGCGGGAGGGCCCCCUCCUAUGAGCUUGCCUUUGCUGGGUGGCAUAAUCUUGGCGACGUUCGCUUCUCCGAAUCUAUUCAUGGGCAAAUGGUGUGGAUGA